AUAUAUAUAUUAUUUUUCCCCAUAGUUAAAGCUAUUUAAAUUGCCAACGAUGGAAGCUGAAGUUGUUGAUAACAGUAAAUACAAUUGUCUUGGAAAUUUUGAAAUUCAGAAGAGGAUUGGUAAAGGUCAAUUUUCAGAGGUAUUUAGGGCUCGUUGUUUAAUUGACAAUAGCAUAGUGGCAUUAAAGAAGGUUCAAAUAUUUGAAAUGAUGGACAUAAAAGCACGAAACGAUUGCAUCAAAGAAAUUGAAUUGUUAAAAUCACUCAACCAUCCAAAUGUGAUCAUGUAUCUAGCAUCAUUCGUUGAAAACAAUGAACUAAACAUUGUUUUAGAAUUAGCUGAUGCUGGUGAUCUUUCCAAAAUGAUAAAACAUUUUAAAAAGCAAAAGCGUUUGAUUCCAGAGAAAACGAUUUGGAAGUAUUUUGUUCAAAUCACUGCAGCUUUACAGCAUAUGCAUUCAAGACGAAUCAUGCAUCGUGAUAUAAAGCCUGCAAAUGUAUUCAUUACGGCUACAGGAGUGGUAAAGUUGGGUGAUUUAGGAUUAGGAAGAUAUUUUAGCUCUCAAACAAUAGCAGCACAUUCACUUGUUGGUACGCCAUACUACAUGUCUCCUGAACGAAUCCACGAGAAUGGUUACAACUUCAAAUCAGAUAUAUGGUCGCUUGGUUGUUUGCUGUUUGAGAUGGCAGCCCUGCAGUCUCCAUUCUAUGGCGACAAAAUGAAUUUAUACUCGUUGUGCAAAAAGAUAGAGCAGUGUGACUAUCCACCACUUCCUUCGGAAUACUACUCUGAUGAUUUACGGAACUUAGUUGAUGUAUGCAUUAACCCUGAACCAGAGCAGCGGCCAGCUAUUGAUUAUGUUCACGAAACUUCACAAAAAAUGUACUCCAUUAAAGUGAGCAAAUAAACAGAGGAUUAGUUUAAUAAAAGGUGAUACUGAUCACUAACAUUGCUACUGAAUGAGUGGUUGACUCGCUUGCCUGUAUUAUCAAAUCUACUUUCAAUUGCGCGAGGCAACGUUGAAGUUAUUUCGUAACUUAAAGAUUGUUUUUGUACUUGGUCACCGACACCAAGGAUGAUAGUUUUGAGCAGUGGUUUUUAAUUUUUAAAUAUUUAAUGAGAGCUAUGUCGAGUGGUGAAGUAUAAUGGAGAAGUAGAGUUUUGAGUUCGUGGGUGCGAAGAACUACAUAUUUGAGUGUGUAUAUAAAAGUAUCCCGGUGUUUUUACCACUCUCUUGGGAUAUGUGAUUUUAAUGGAAGCCGGUCUUCUUUCACUUUAAUCUCGUUCGCAUUUAAGUUAUAGCCUGCUUCACAUUUCAUAUUUGUACUUCUACAUACAUCAUGCGUACGCAAUUAGUUUUUGUUACGGUUAAAAAUAGUUAUUUUUUUUGGAAUGUACCGUAUAACCUCCUUUUUAUUGUUUGAAAUGAAAUACAGGAAUAUUCAUGCAAAAUGGUCUUGCCAUAAGUAGACGUAGUGUAAGGUAACACGUAUAUUAACUAUCGAAUUAAUAUUCGAACAGACAUUCGAGUUAUUAUUCGAACUGACAUUUGAGUUAAUAUUCGAACUGACAUUCGAGUUGAUAUUUGAAUUGACAUUCAAGUUAAUAUUCGUACUGCCAUUCGAGUUAAUAUUCGAACUGCUAUUCGAGUUGAUAUUCGAAUUGACAUUCAAAUUAAUAUUCGAACUUGCAUUCGAAGACUCAACCUACGCCGUAAAUUUACUCACUUUCUUUUUACCUUAUCAGAAGAAAAUGAAAUUUGUCUCAACAGAUAAUGUUUCAGGAUAUAAAAAUCACGGUCUAUGUUUUGGUAUGUUUACUGUCUUUUCAAAAGUCGACAAAAGUGACGAAUUUUUCUUUAGGUGGUGAAUAUUUUCUUCGACGAAUAUCUUUUUCUUUGAUAAGGUAGAUAGUUACAUAAGAUUAAUAGUAAAAUAUUUUUUUAAUCUAUAUAUUAUUUGUAAUUUACUUUUUUUGAAUGACGCCAUCUUUGCUUAAGAGGGUCCUUCUUAAUGCCUUUUUUUUGAAGAAGGUGAGUCUCUGAACGAAUAUAGUGGAAUAUGCGCGUGUGAUAUAUUCUUUUAUGAUUGAAUAAAUUCGUUUAUCUUGCGA